CUUGUCCCCCCGGUACGGUUCCAGGUUUUUGCUAGUGUCCGUUGAAUUGGGUUUUAGACACUAGAAUUUAAAUAUUUAUAUUUUCUUCCCCGAUUAUUGUUUUCUUGCUGCUGUUUCAUGUCUUCUCUGCUUGUCAGUAUAAUCCAAUUACACGUGUGCCUGACUGAAACGCAUGUGAAUUAUUUUAAUUGAGAGCAAAUUCUUUGUAAAUACUUACUCCGUCUUCUGCUCACGUAUUCUCUUGUUAUUUCAUCUUCCAGAUAACCUCAAAUACCGUUCAUCACACUCUCACAACACAAUUUAUAUUCAGGCUAAACACAAAAUUACCAAGGACUGAAGCUGCUUGACAAUGGACAGUAAUUGCGUAAAUGGUGAUGGUCCUAAAAAGAAAGUAGCGCUGAUUACCGGGAUAACGGGACAAGAUGGUUCUUAUUUAGCUGAGUUCCUGCUCUCAAUGAAUUAUGUGGUUCAUGGUAUCAUAAGAAGAUCAAGUACGUUCAAUACUGGUAGAGUAAACCAUAUAUACGAGAAUAACAAGUUGUCGUGCGAAAAAUCAUUUUUCCUCCACUAUGGUGAUAUGACUGACAGUUCUUCUCUGAUCAAAGUGAUCAGUAAAGUAAUGCCCGAUGAAAUCUACAAUUUAGCUGCUCAGUCUCAUGUGAAGGUCUCUUUUGACCUCAGCGAGUAUACUGGGGAGGUUGUUGCUAUCGGCACCUUACGCUUGCUGGAUGCUAUUAGGACAUGUAAAUUGGAAAAAUCAGUUAAGUUUUACCAAGCUUCCAGCAGUGAACUAUAUGGAAAGGUCGUUGAGACGCCACAGAAUGAGAAAACACCUUUCCAUCCGAGGUCACCAUAUAGCGUUGCUAAACUGUACGCGUAUUGGAUUGUGGUAAAUUAUCGAGAGUCUUAUGGAAUGUUUGCAUGCAAUGGGAUUCUGUUCAAUCAUGAAAGCCCUCGGCGUGGAGAAACGUUCGUUACUCGAAAAAUAACGCGCGCAGUUGUACGAAUUAAAAAGGGUCUACAGAAUGUUUUAGAAUUAGGUAAUUUAAACGCUGAGCGUGAUUGGGGAUUCGCUGGUGAUUAUGUUAAGGCUAUGUGGCUUAUGCUUCAACGUGAUACACCAGAGGAUUUUGUUAUUGCAUCUGGAGAGAAGCAUUCUGUACGUGAAUUUACCAAUUUAGCUUUUGAGCAUGUUGGAAUCCAUUUAAUAUGGAAAGGAACUGGUAUUAAUGAAGUUGGUGUUGAUUCGGAAACUGGAAAUGUUCUUGUUCGUGUCAAUGAACGUUAUUUCCGUCCUGCCGAAGUAGAUCUACUAUUAGGUGAUUGUACACGAGCUAAAGAAUUACUAAAAUGGGAACCAACUUAUAGCUUUACAGAACUUGUUAAACUAAUGGUGGAUGAAGAUAUGAAAUUACUGGAGUCUGGCAGAACUCCUGUAUAACUAACUUUCAAUGUGCUUUCUUAAUUUAAUCUGAACUUUAUUUGUUUGUACUUUUUUUUAUUAUUUGAUAUAAAUUGUUUUCUAUG